UUCACAAAGUGUUCACAACUUGUGCUUGUGGAGGUUGGUGUUCAGCGAGCAACGGUCGCCGGCACUGUUUCGCCCCGUCAAAGACUCACCUAUCGCGCUCAGUCGCGCUUCUCAAACUUCGUUUGCUUGUGCUCAUCCGUCGUUCGCCCGCUCGCCUACUACCGCUGCGGCUGGCUGGCUCAGUUGCUCGUUGUGUGCGCUUUGUGUCGGAGUCCGUAUGUCGACGAACAUGGCGUCCGCUCGUAGAAAGCAGGACGAGAAAAAUUUGAAAACAUUGCGCGAAUUAGUGUCGCAGGCCGCGAACAAGCACUGCUUCGAGUGUAAUCAACGCGGACCCACCUAUGUUAAUGUGACGAUCGGAAGUUUCGUGUGCACCAAAUGCUCCGGAAUGCUUCGCGGCCUGACGCCGCCACACCGAGUCAAGUCGAUAUCAAUGGCGACGUUCACGCAAGAGGAAGUUGAAUUGCUGAAGACGCGAGGCAAUGACUACUGCCAGCAAGUGUGGCUAGGCUUGUACGAAGGAACAAAGCCAUCGGACGAGCGCAGCGUGCAUACGCUAAUGCUGGAUAAAUACGAGAGGAAGCGCUACUACAUGGAGCCGUCCAUCGCUUUACGCAAUAGUUACAAUAAACAAAACGAGGUGACCAAACCGACGAAACAGGAUGUGAAACCAUUGACUAGUAUUAUAGCGGAACCCAGGCCGUUGAAAGUGAACAGCUUCAAUAGCAUGAACAUCGCGAACAACUUCAUGAACAACGGCAACUCACAUCCGGGCGGCGAUAAUUUCAUCGCCGACUUUGCACAUGCGGACAUCUUCAACGCGUCCAGCGACGAUAUCACGAACUGCUCAACUACCAAUCAGGCUUCCUUCGCCAAUUUUGACAACAAUCCGAUAUUCUGCAAUGAAACGCCGAAGCGAACCAAGGAGUUUAGUAUAUUUGAUCUGCAAUUCACUAAUAUCGGCCCGGUUUAUAAUCAAGUUCCAUUAUUUCCUAAGAUGAAUCUCAAUCGUUGGAAUUUCCAAAAUGGCACCACUAAUGGUAACGGCUUCCACAAUGUGAACGGAAAUUUCAACGGAUUCAAAACCAGUGGUGUUAUCAAACCAACUCCGCCGGCACUUCCGAGUCUCCCACAGGCGCCUGCGGUGGACCGAUACGCUGCGCUCAAGGAUCUUGACAACGAGUUGAAAACGCAGACGCAACUCGAUUGGAAUUCGGCCGGAUCAAAUUCUAGUCUUUACAGCUCGCCCACAACGCCGGGUUCGUUUUACAGUUCCACCGCAUCUCCACAAAGCUCAUCGUAUGGAUCUCCUAGUCAAGGUCAAUUUAUGAAUUUAUACCCAACGACUGAACAAAGCCACGUUUCGAAUCCAUUCAACUUGAACGGAACGACAGGACUCAGCGCUUCCUUCAAUGGAAACCCGAAUCCGUUCCGCGCCUCGCCGGAAAACUUCAUGUCGCCACACAACGGCGACAUCCAGUCUGCUUUCGGCACGCCGAUUAAUGGCACGACGUGGACGCCUAAUCCGUUCAAAAUUGCAAGCGGUAACUCGAGCAAUCCCUUCUUGUGAGAGCCAUUAUGAACGUGAAAGAACCAUGACGAAACGAAACAAAAUAAAAACAAACUAGAUAGUAUUUAAAGAAGAAAACUACGAAGUGACAUCGCAGGAUUUACAAACUGAGCGUCGGCUGAACACCCAGUAUAUGAUACACCAUGCUGAUUUCCGAUGAAUCUCCCUUCGCUUGCUUAACGUUUUCAUUUGCCUAGGAGAAGGAGUAAGCGAAUAGCGACACAGGUCGAUAUUGUUACGAAGAUAUACGACCGAAUAUUUAUUUUUUUUAAACGGUGAAUAACGAUAUCUUCAAGGAAUAAGAAGCCAAAAAUAUUUAUGUAGCUUUCAUGUUAUUUUAAAUAUGUACGUAUCUUUUAAUUCAUUUUAAUUCCGUUAAUAAUGUUAUAACUGCGGUCCCUUUGGAAUCUAAGCGAACCACUUGAACUACUUUACAAUGCUUCUGAUCUAUUCUAUCUCUAUCUCGAUCAAUCUAGAUGCAAGCGACACAAGUUUGCCCCGCGCAUGCAUAACUUUCCGCAGACAAAACAAGAAGUUAGGAUGUAACACACAGAGACCUUAUUGAAUUCGGUGGCCUUUGGUUUCCGUACCAUGUAACUACUGUGAUAAUAUCACUCAAAACUAAAAUUUGAAGCAUAUACGUCCUGAAACGAUGGACUGAUGAGUUGUGUACGCGGAGCUGGAAGUUUAUUGUAGUUUUAUAAGGAACAAGUUAUAUUUAUACAGUAGCGCAAUACGCGAACUCCAUGUGAAAUGUAAAUAAUCCUUGCUAAUUAACAUAAAUAUUCUUAGGCGUCGACAUGCGUAUGUAAGAGAGGAAAUGCUUGAACGCUGUAGGUAAACAAAUAUGUAUGCUUUGUUGUGAAUUCAACGUUCCGAUUUUGUACGGGUCCUCCGAGGAAAAGUGUCCGUCCCAAGGAACUCGCCAUUGAAUUAACCAAGGCACAUUUUUGCAACAUUGUAUAUUAUAAAAUAUAUUCUGUUACAUACCUAA